AUGUCUUCGUUCGAGUCUGUGGUCGUGAUCGAUGGCAAGGGCCACUUGCUGGGCCGUCUGGCCAGCAUUGUUGCCAAGCAGCUCCUCAACGGCCAGAAGAUCGUGAUCGUCCGCUGCGAGGCUCUGAACAUCUCCGGCGAGUUCUUCCGCGCGAAGCUCAAGUACCACGCCUACCUUCGCAAGAUGACCCGGUACAACCCCACCCGCGGUGGUCCCUUCCACUUCCGCGCCCCGUCGCGCAUCUUCUACAAGGCCGUCCGCGGCAUGAUCCCCCACAAGACCGCCCGUGGUGCCGCUGCCCUUGAGCGCCUUAAGGUUUUCGAGGGUGUCCCUCCCCCGUACGACAAGAAGAAGAAGAUGGUGGUCCCUCAGGCCCUCCGUGUCCUGAGACUGCAGCCCGGCCGCAAGUACUGCACCGUCGGCCGUCUCAGCCACGAGGUUGGCUGGAAGUACCAAGACGUGGUCGAGAGGCUCGAGGAGAGGCGCAAGGCGAAGGGCGCUGCGUACUACGAGCGCAAGAAGCUGGCCGCAAGGCAGCUGUCCGAGGCGAAGAAGACCGCCAAGGUCGACACGAAGACGACCGAGGCCCUCCAGGCCUUCGGCUACUAG